UAUGAAUUAAAAUGGAAUAAGUUUAAAAUCUACUAGCAAUUUAAAAUGUACUAAAAGGUGUCUAAUUAUCUUUUAAAUUAUACAUUUUAGACAUCAAAACAGUUAGCUAAAAUGUCAUCAAAAAAGAAACUUUAUACUGAAGAUGAUAAAAAAUUAUUAAAAACGCAAGGAAAACAGAUAAAAAAAAAAAAGGGAAAAUAUUCUAAGGUCCAUAACAUAAAUAAUUUGAAAAAUGCUAAUGCUGCAGUUCCUUCAGAGAAAAGACAUUAUGGUCAAAUAGAUGAAUGUUUUGUAUUGCUUUCAGAUUGUAAUAAGCACAAAAAAAAUCGUAAAUCUGACAAGCGUUCCACUGGCAAUAAUACAAAGACUAUUUCAGAGAAUGACAAAGAUUAUUCAUCAAUGUUAAAAACAAAAGAACAAAACAUAAAAAAAAAAAAAAAAGAAGAUUCUAAGGUUCAAAAUAUAAACAGUUUAAUAAAUGAUAAUGCUGUGGCUCAUACAAAGAAGAGACAAAUGAAUGAAUGCUUUGUAUUGCUUUCAGAUUGUAAUGAGCACAAAAAAAAUCAUAAAUCUGACAAGGGUUCCACUGGCGAUAAUACAAAGAAUAGUCCAGAGAAUAACAAAGAUUAUUCAUCAAUGUAAGUUUACAAAUUACAAAGUCCUUUUUUUAAUUACUAUUAUUAUUGUUGUUUAGUUUUUUUUCAUUAUCCCACUUUAAGCGAUAUUUACAUUUAGUAAGUUUGAUGUGUUUACAACUUUUUUAAAUUACAUGAAUACAUGAGAGGGAGGAAGCCACUCAAUAGUCAAUAGUAGCACCUUUAGUGGAUACAUGGUUAAAUAUUAAUUUUAGAACACCUAAACAAAUAACUGAAAUUCACCCUUUUAAAAAUGUUAAGCUAAUUAACUUUUCUAUUCAAUAUUCUUUAUCCAAGUCUCUCAUUAUA